CUCCGACCACCAUUGCCAUCCAAACUCACAGUAUCAACCUCUUGGCGCCAUGUCUUCUGUGCGCGCGCGCUCACCGCGCGAGCUGGUGGCCGCGUGCAUGGAUCACAUCGCACUUGAAGGAAGCGCUGGCCUGUCUGUGGCUUCUCUAUUCUCUAGCGUUGAGCCGAGCAACGACGUUCUCGUGCGUCGACAGGUAUGGCGGCUGUUGCGCUCGAGUCGCGGAGUUUUGCUUUUUUUUCGAGGCUUCGCGUCCUCCAGGCAGACAUCCAGCAAGAAACGCAAACGACCUGGACCCGCUGACAAUGACGAGAACCUGGUCGAGAUCAAGUGCGAAAUGCUGCAAGCUGCCGGGGCUUUAGCGUUUGAUGACACGGCAGCUCUGACGACCGACGAACUAGCGCUCCUCACGUACGAUGAAGCAGUGGAUGAGCAGCUGGAACAGGACAAACAGGUGGUGGUGGCAGCAUGCGAAGAACUGCGCCACCGAGCGCUCAAUAUCCCAGUGAAGGCGAUCGCCGCGGAUCUCGGACCGGAACAUCUUGUCAUCCUCGAGGCGGUGGGCCGUGCGCGCGUACAGGGAGUUACAGUUAUGACGUUGACUAAUUUACUGAGUGGUGGCACAGUAAAAAGGCUGCACAAUUGUUUGGAUACGCUCAUUUCGAACGGACUGGUGGUCAAGCGGAUGAUGAUCGUGGCUCGACCAUCGAUGCGUCGACUGAACAUCAUCCACCUGCCACGGUUCGCUGCAGAAUUCAGACCUCAAAUGUUUGACGAAUCGGCAGAUUUUGAGUCGGACGAACAGAGCAGGAAGAUUUUGUGUGCAGCAGCGGAGAAGUAUUUGAAAGGACUGCCGACUCACUCGUCGGUUUUGUCGGAUCUCGGACGCGAUCUGAGCUUGCAGAAGCGGCACCUGGAGGUAUUACGCUCCCAUAUUAUGCAGGAGUGUAAAGUGGACGAGAAUUUCCCGCUGGAGUUGUUCCAGGCAGUUUUGCAGCCGUCGCGACGUGCCAGUCUCGAACCUAAAAUUCUAAAUUGCGUGCGGUACAAAUCGCCAAACACCCGCAAAAACUCGGCAUAUCGUCGCGGUAUUGUGUUGGAGCUCGGUUUGCUUCGCCAGAUAUAUGGGAUUAUUGAGGACAGCGCCGAGAAUGGAGCCACAAUUAUCGAUUUACGAAACCAAAUUGUGCUACCAGGGAGCAAAUUGCCCUAUAAAUUGGUGGGCGUGUUGGCCGGAAUGUACAGCUUGAAAGCCGAGUCUAUUAUCUUGGGAAAGAACAAAGCUUUCCGACUGUAUUUGGACUCGAUGGCACCCAGGGCUAACAGCAACAAGGACCAGAAGAUCGCCGACAACACCUUGCCGCAAGAUAGCGAGACGUCGAAAGGUGAGAAUGGAGACGAAGUACCAGUAGCUACAGGAAUGAAGGUGGAACGACAUUACACAGUUCGAAACAAUAAGGCAUUGAAAGUGGCGCUUGGUGGAGCAGAAGUCGAUGGGACGAGUGCUCGACGUCGCGAACACAUUUUAGAGCGACUCGAGGACGAGAAGAUAAUCAGUCUGUCGUCGCUGCGUGACAGCGUAUUUAGUAUGGAGAAGCAGCGCGCAGAGAUAAACUUCACCAACGCAGAUGGCGAAUCCCAAACCCACAGCAAUGUGAAUAGUUUAAUGUCGCCUGCUGCAGUGGGGAAGGUGGACACGCGGUCGAUUUUUCGCAUUGCAACCGAACUGGAAGUCGCGAAGAAAUUGAGAUUAUUGCAGCUCCCUUUGCCUGCACGUAAUGUUUCGACUAAAUUCCGUGCUCUCCGCUGUGUCGUUGCGCCUGGAUACGAGCACAACGAUGUUUUCAUUCAAGGUUUUGUCAAGAACUACUGUCGCGAUGAGCGCUUGCGGCGUAUUCACCGGAAUGCUGAUCAGAGCGAAGUGGUUCGUUUUCACAAGAUUGGAAGUGAAAAUAAUAAGGAAAUGGAACCUGGAUCAUCUCGAAAGAGGCCACGGGCCGAUUCAAGGAAAUCUAAACCGAACACUAAUGAGACCAAGGACUCGAUAUCUGAUGCAGAUGGUGUAUCGGGUACUGGAAUCGAAACAAUUCGACAUGCUUCUGACAUCGAAUCGGAGACUAUCAACCCAGCUGCACCUGGGAGGAAUGAGAUAAGCUACAAGAUUCGACGCUUUGUGAGCCAACAGAAGUCGGGGAUUCAUAACCAGCAAUUCAGGAAGCUCGGGUUCGCUUACGGUGUCAUGUAUCGAUGUAAAAUUCUACAUAGAUUUCUGUGGACUACACUGCAUGAAAACGGGUCGAACCUGCAGCUCCCUGGUGAUGGAAACGACGCAUCUAUCCAAAGCUUGAACGAGGAAGGCAAUUGCUCUGCUACGGGUGACCAAGCUCCACAUCCAGGGAUUGUGUUUUCACGUGAAUCAGUAUUGCACUCGAUGCCCGUGCACUUAUACAUCCAGAUCUUCUCGGGUGGAGGGAUUCUGACAGACGCUGAGUUUGCUAUCGUUGAGGAAGCCAUUGCCCACAAGCAUACAUUUGACGCUAUUCCGGAGGCACUCCGCGAAAAGAUUUGGUGCCACGAGUCUCAGCGAACAUCAAAAGUUUUGGGCACUCUUGCAGAUUUAGGGUUGGUGCAACCGCACAAGAUCGGAAUGAAACACCUGGUUAAAAUCCUUCGAGCCGGGUAUACGGAUGGGCGGGACGGUGUGCUAUCUCGUGCGCUCAAGGACAACGCACUGGGUGGGCUUUUUCGGUUUAACAAGCAGGUCAGAAUUAUGCUGAACGACUGUGACAACAAGGACGACACCGAGGAUGGUACAGAACGCCGUGGUGUGAACGAGCUUGACUCGAUCCGUAUUGUUGGAUUUACGGAGAAGACGUACAGCUUCUCAAACACGCUACCGCUCCAGUUUUCGUUCGAGUCGGGAGAUGAUGUUGAUCGCUAUUGGGAAGCUCUCGAAUGCCUUUGUCUAGAGCAGAUGGCAAUGGAAGUGGAAACACCAAGAAGAAAUGAGCCAGCCGUGUGUAAGGUACCUAAGCCUGUUAGGACGCGUGCUCGACGAAUGCUUCGUAUCCUCGCAUGGAUACCGAAAUCGCGGAAACCAGUAGCCAAACAUAAACGUGAGGAGGGAGGUGAAGGAGACUCUUCUCAGUUUAAGAGCAGCGGUAUUGUGUCUUCUAAUAUCCGACUUCGCAAAAGGCGGCGACAGGUUCAACCUAAUGGCGAUGGCAGUGAUGGAGUCAGACGGAAGCAUAGGAAGAAAUACCCAGACGACUUGGACGAGGACCCGUCGAACUCUGAAACACUCACCUGGACGGACGAGCACGAGCAGCUUUUAGUGGAAUAUUUUAUUGACAACUGCAAAAGCCGGUGGAAGAUUGCCAUCCCGCAAGGUUUACAACGUGAAAAGGAGCAAGUCGCUUUCCGAAACCAUACGAUUUCACGAACAGGUUUCGGUCUUGUGGCAAUCGCACGGAAACUGGGCAAAAGAAAGAUUGACGUGAAGAAACGUCUAAAAGAAAAACUCAUGGAGCCUGUGGUGAAGCUGUUGUUCGAGCGCGCAAAGCGGGAAGCGGCUCUGGCUGACAACCCUGGCGGUCUAUUUGACGAGGAAGUUGCGAUUCAAGGAUCGACGAGACUUACAGCACUCUUUCGACGCGCAGUGAUGAUGAUUGUGUCUCCCAGAGAAGAGUAUCAUCCACUUGUGGCUGAAGAACUGAUCUCGUUCUGGACUCCACACGAGAUUCGACAGGUUUGGCGAUAUCUUUGGUUAAAGAACUGGAUCGUCCGUGCAUCAGAGAAGGAAAGAGGUCGCGGCUAUUGCACAAGCAAGAGACUGCAGGACUCACUCAAGGUAACGACGUUGUCGUAUCCUUUGCUGUUAUUUCAGCAGGCUGUGGAGCAGGAGAGUAUGGUUAGUUCUACACUGGAGGAGAUUGCGGGGGACUCGAAAGAUGUGAGACAGAGUGAUCAGCUCUUCGAGGAUGAUUUUCCAACAAAUGCUACGCCGGGCCAGUGUGCUCUUGAACUGGGAUGUCAAGUGCUUGGAACGUGCUCGCUUACAGCAGUUCACUCCUCGUCUUUUGAUACGGACAAGGGGGUAGAGGACGCUCUAGCAACUCAGCAGACAAACGGCAAGAGAUUACCUAGUUCUACGAAGAGGGAAAGUCUCUUAACGUGCAAGAGUCUGAAGGACAGGUCUGGCUUCGCUGCUCACUUGGCCAACAAGGUGAAUGUCGCGAGGGCGUCCGAUCUCAUCGACAGCUGGCGAGUGGAGACCAAGAUGCAUGCUGUGAGUGUGGAGGACGCAGAUCUGCUGAAUGCUUGCGAGGCGUUUUCUAUGGAAGAAACCGACGACAACAAUGGACUGGAUGAAGCUGCGUCUCGACAGUGCAAGGAAUCGGAUGAAGUGCUGAGUCAAUCUGUGGUUGCUCACGUGCGUGAAGGCGGAGAGGAAGGUCUGACGUCAUCAUCUCUGAUGGAUAAAGUAUGCUCAACAAGCGACGGUGAACUGCGAAUGAGUGUGGCACGUUGUCUGGACGCGCUUGUUGACCAGGGCGAGCUCAUUUGUGUUAACGCGUACUACGAUCAGCGCUACAUCGUGAAGGAACAUGGAGACGUGUGGAUGUUACGACCGUUCUCGCUGGUUUCCAGCGUGACUUCAUCGUCGACACCCCAGGUCGUUUUCGAAGGAGAAAAGGACACACUGUCAUUCCCUUGGCUCAAGAUGGACGGUGGAACAAAUUACAAGUUCCUCUUCUCUAUCCAGCGCAAGUUGCUAUCGCUGGUAAUCCAGGCCCCAGGUAUCACGGAAAAGCGUGCUCACACCAAGAUGAACAAAUUGCUGUCGUUGCAGGACACUCGGGAGGCGAUGUCGUUACUAGUGGAUGAAGGACUGGUGUACGCUCGGGCAGUCACUCACUCUGUUGCAGCUCAAGCCACAAGUCUAUUUGGAUCUUCAGUGACACAGCCCUCGGUUCCUAAAGUUGUGAAGAUGGUGGGAAACGUGUUGGCUUAUGAUCGCUCAGUGUUUGAAGUGCAUUAUUUCCCCCAUGUCGAGUGCAUCCAGCGGUUCGGAAGCAUUGUGCAGGAUUAUCAAAACGAAGUGUUUCCGAACGAUUGAAAGUACUGAAGUGCACACAGCCCGAAGCCUGGGUUGUAUCGUGUAUAAUAUAUCUCGUGAGGGCGAACGAAAGCCUUGGCAUUGAAGAACUCAAGCGUGUACAGGAAAAAAGUCAAGUCGGACUACCCAUACCUUUCCACGAGCCACACAAGCCGAAAGUCUGCAGAGUGUUGCUGGAUACUGAUCCACGCAAAGACAAAGCUAUCAACAAUAAUAAAGACAGCACUAUGCUGUCAGCACCACCUCAGUACUUUCCAUAAGGUUUCUUAUCAGUUUUAAAUGUACUCAAAAGAGGA